GCCAGCCGGCACUCCACAAGGAUCCCGUGAUUGGGCCAAACCACGAAAGCCGAACUGUUGACUUGUUGUCGAAUGCUCCUUCGUACCUACUCAAGUAACCCAAAUUACCUACCAACAAUAAGAUUCUCUUCAGCUACAAUGUGGAGUAUCCUUCCCAUCUUCCUUUACCAAUAUUUGCAAAUUUUCUACUAUCAUGUCUGAGGGAGUUGGCCUUCUCUCGACAUCAGCGGAAUUUCAACUUGACGAUGCGGAGUGUCUCCAAGAGAAAGAAUUUGAGCUUCGAGGCGUAAAGAGCUCUAAGCCUAGGAUUUCUUUCGCAUUGUGGCUCCUGUAUCUCAUCAUACUACUUCUAUCUUUGACCACCAAUCUCGUUCAAUUUCGGCUGUGGUCUCAAGCACAUCGAGCUGCUAGUGUAUGCAAGCUUCCAUUAGGUACUGGCAUUUUCAAUAUGCUUACAUCGCUUUAAAAUGCUAAUCUGAAAUUAUUUAGCUGGAUUAGAACCUAAUAUCGAGGUUGAUUUUGGGGAAAAGACCGCCUACGGUGAUCUGUCUGACCUGGCUGCUUUGGAUAAGCUAUGGUUAUCCAUUGACACCAAUCCUGGAGUGGUGGCCCUUCCUUUUGACUACCAUCUCGGCAGUACCGAUGCUUUUCCAUGGGACAACACGAAAGGACUAUACGUGAUGAAUAGUUUCCACAGUAUGCACUGCCUGGUACGUACGAUCAUUUUAUAUGAAGGGAAAUAAAAAGGCAUGCUGAUAAAUAUCAAUAGCAAGCACUCUAUGGGUACGUGCGAAAUUGCGAUUCGGGUGCGAACCAAACACAAACAUUGGAACAUGCUGUUCACUGCCUCGACGUCUUGCGAUCAGAAGUUAUGUGCACAGCAGACGAUACGCCCCUCUCAUUUCGAUUUCAGGAGGUGGUCCAGGCUGAACGAGCGCCAAAAAGAAAAUGUAGGGACUGGAACAAGUUGGUCGAGUACACAACGGCACAUUCUGCCUGCUUUCGUCGUUAUUCACCCAAUGAUCCAAGGUAUAGUACUCUUGACGAGUACCUAUUCUGCCCACCUGAUUCUCCGUAUAAGGCAUUGGUUGAAGAUUUUCUUGCGCAGGACUUUGAUUAAAAAUAUGUAUGCGGCGGAGGACCUGGAUUGUCAUGAAUAUAAGGUGUGGUAUACAGCAUCAGUGUGAUCACGAGUUCAAUGUACCUUGCAGAAUACAUUAUAGCUUCGACCCUAAUUACAUUUAAGAGUCUCCAUG